AUGGUUUGUUGAAAAGUUAAUGUGCGUUUGUCAGAGCAGAGAGCUCUAAUGGUCACCAUGGAGCGAGCCUCAAUCGUACUCGCUGUCUUUGGAUCUUUACUUCUCUGUGUCUCCUCAGUGCCAGCCAAGAAGGAACGAAAAAUCGAUAUCUACAGCUUCCACAUCAACUCGACAGUAACCAGCCGCUACGCCAUCACAGUCAUCACGAGCCGUGUGGCGAACCGACUCAACGAGUCCAAAGAGGUUCAUUUCCAGGUCAAGAUUCCAAAAAAUGCUUUCAUCAGCAAAUUCAAGAUGUUAAUCGAGGGAAAGACGUAUGAUGGUGUUGUGAAGAAGAAAGAAGAGGCACAGCAGCAGUACAGUCGAGCAGUAUCUCGAGGAGAAAGUGCCGGGAUUGUCAGUGCAGUAGGAAGGACGCUGGAGGAGUUUAAAACCUCAGUGACGGUGGCAGCUUUGAGUAAGGUGACCUUUGAACUCACCUAUGAAGAGCUGCUAAAGCGACGACUCGGCAAAUACAAGUUACAAAUCCACGCGCAACCAAUGCAGCCUGUGGCAGAUUUCAAGAUUGACGUCUAUAUUAAUGAGCAUCCAGGUCUUUCCUUCCUGGAGGUCAAAGGAGGGCUGAAGACUCAGGAGCUCUCCGGGGCUGUGAUCAGCACUCUGGCCGAGUCGACCAAAGAGGCAUGGGUCAACUUUUACCCCACACGCGAGCAGCAAACACAGUGUGAAGGUUGUGGAGAAAAUGGACUAAACGGAGACCUGCUCAUAGAGUAUGAUGUGAAGAGACCACAUCAAAGUGGAGAACUUCAGGUAUUAAAUGGAUAUUUCGUCCACUACUUUGCACCCACGGAUAUUCAACAAAUCCCAAAAAAUGUGGUUUUUGUCAUUGAUCGCAGUGGCUCUAUGAGGGGCAGGAAAAUUGAGCAGACUCGUGCUGCGAUGUUGAAGAUUUUGGGAGAUCUCGCUCAGAAUGACUACUUUGGCCUGAUCAGCUUUGACUCUGCAGUUGAGGUCUGGAAAAAUGAACUGCUGCCAGCCACAGAGGAGAAUCUGAACAAGGCAAAGACCUUUGUGAAGAAAAUUAAUGAUCGUGGAGCCACGGACAUCAACGCUGCAGUGCUGAAGGGGGUGGAGAUAAUCAGGAGGUACCCCCGAGAGGGCUCAGCCUCCAUCCUCAUCCUGCUCACUGACGGAGAUCCCACUUCUGGUGAAACAAACACAGGAAGAAUUCAGGAAAAUGUCAAAAAGGCCAUUGGUGGUAAAUUUCCACUUUACUGCCUGGGGUUUGGAUUUGAUGUCAAUUUUGAUUUCUUGGAGAAAAUGGCACUGGAAAACGAUGGAGUUGCUCGCAGGAUCUACGAGGACUCGGAUGCUGACCUCCAGCUGGAGGGUUUCUAUAAGGAAGUGGCCACGCCGCUCUUAACUGACAUCCAACUGAAAUAUACCGGAGCAUCAAACCUCACCCAGACCAGUUUCAGGCAGUAUUAUAAUGGCUCAGAGAUCGUGGUGGCUGGACGAAUCACAGACAACAGUCUGGAGACUUUCCAAACCGAGGUCAUCGCCAUUUCAAAAAACGCAAACGUAACAUACCAGGACUCCGUGUCGACAAAAGACGUCAACGAAGUUUUACCACAACAUGAAAACUUUAUUCAGAGACUGUGGGCUUAUCUUACAGUGAAACAGCUCCUGGAGAAAGAAGUGGCACUCAAAGGGGACGAGAAAGAAGCAGCCAGGAAAGGAGCUCUGGAUCUCUCUCUGAAAUAUGAAUUCGUGACUCCGCUCACCUCCAUGGUGGUCACAAAGCCGCAGGAAGAGGACACACAGGUCGCCCACAAACCCAAAGAAGGGGCGGAGCCAUACAGACACGAUCCGCCUGUAUUGGCCCAGCUGCCUCCAUGGAACUACGGUCUGAGACAUGGUGAAGGGGGCCAGCCGGGUCUCGCAGCUCCACCAGGCCAACCAGAUCCAGAUGAGGACUUCGCUUUUGAUAGUUUUUACUAUGAUUAUGGAAGUCCUCUCAGCAGAUCACGACCACCACUGCUGGCAACAUUCAUCAGCGUCACUGGAACACCUCCCACGUCUCCCCCUGCAGUGAGUGGAGUGAAGUUCUUAAUCUCUGCAAAGCCAAAACAGAUCUGUUAUUACACACCUGGAGGCCAGAAACUCCGCCUCCUUUUGGACACCUCAUCAGAUAUCUCUAUAAAUGGAGAACUCUCAGAUAAAGGCUUCCAGCUCGUUGUUUUUCAUUAUAAAACGGCUAAGCUUUCCGUGAGCCCUACUGAAAGUGUCUACUCUGACAACGAGAACAGUGUGAAGUUUGUCUGGGGGCAGUCGGAGCCCAGCAGGCACGAGUCACACAGAGUGGCAAUAUUUCAAAGGAGCAAUGAAUUAGACGUCACCUUGGGAAGCGUGCGUGUUGUUGUCCUCCUUCAUAAGAAGGACGGAGUCGUGUUUCUGUGGCCUGUUGCUCAUCAACAAGCAAAUAAUGCGAACGUUCAAGGAAUUCUGGGAAAAACUGAUCUUCAGUAUGAGAAGUUACCAGGAUCAAAGCUCAAAAUCAAGGACCAGGAAGUUGAGGCAUCUCAGAGCUCUGCCAUCGACUACAGAUUUCCUGCAGCCCCGAGUGUGGAAUGUUGGCUUGUACCAUUCCAGUCUGCCCUGCAGGGGGAGCUUUCUGACUUCACCGUCUCAACGCUGUAGAGUUCUGCACUUACCUGUACUGUGUGAAUCUUAUUUGAAGCUGAAUGCUGGUAUAUCCUGC